AAUAAAAAAAUAAAAAAAAUAAAAAAGGAACAGCCAGAAGUGCCAAAUAGAACUCAAGUCGAGGACGGAAGUCUCUGUUCUUAGUUAUAUUCUGCUUGCUGCUUGUCUAAUAAUCAAAGCUAAAAAUCAAUGGCUUCUCUUACCUCAGCCUCGGCCAAAGUGAAAACACAGCAUGAGCUGGUUCUGGUGGAAGAGAACUUGUCUGCAAGAACUUUAAUAUUAAACAGACCUAAACAGUUGAAUGCCCUGUCAUAUCAAAUGAUUUCUCGGCUAAUGGAGCUUUUCCUUGCCUAUGAGGAGGAUCCUAAUGUUAAGUUGCUUGUUCUCAAGGGAAAUGGUAGAGCAUUUUGCGCAGGUGGUGAUGUUUCUGCUGUGGUUCUUGAUAUCCGCAAAGGUAACUGGAGGUUAGGUGCUCAGUUCUUUGCGAAGGAAUUCAUUUUAAACUAUGUGAUAGCAACAUACACUAAACCCCAGGUUUCUAUUCUUAAUGGAAUUGUCAUGGGAGGUGGUGCUGGUGCUUCAGUGCAUGGAAGAUUUCGUGUUGCAACUGAGAAUUCGGUCUUUGCAAUGCCUGAAACAGCUCUAGGACUCUUUCCUGACAUAGGUGCCUCUUAUUUCUUGUCAAGACUUCCACGAUUCUUUGGAGAGUAUGUUGGACUUACCGGUGCACGGUUGGAUGGCGCUGAAAUGCUUGCGUGUGGUCUUGCAACUCACUUUGUUCCAUCAGCGAAAUUGUCUUUGUUAGAAGAAGCAUUACACAAAGUAGAUUCAAGUGAUCCAGCCAACAUUUCAUCUAUCAUUGAUGAAUACUCUGAGCAACCAUAUUUGAAAGAACAAAGUGCCUAUCAACGAUUGGAUAUUAUUGAUAGAUGUUUCUCUCGAAGAACAGUGGAAGAGAUUUUGUCUGCCCUUGAGAGAGAGGCCAUGAAUAAGCCAGAUGCUUGGAUAUCUACCACUAUUCAGUCACUGAAGAAGGCUUCUCCAACAAGUCUUAAGAUAUCUCUUAGAUCGAUAAGAGAAGGAAGGCUCCAGGGUGUUGGACAAUGCCUUGUUCGUGAGUACAGAAUGGUUUGUCAUGUUAUGCAGGGAAAACUUAGCAAGGAUUUCCUUGAGGGUUGCAGAGCUAUACUGAUAGACAAGGAUAAGAACCCAAAGUGGGACCCCCCUAAAUUGGAGUUCAUCAGCAACAGUAUGGUUGAGCAGUACUUUUCCAAAAUAGAUGACGAGGAAUGGGAAGAUCUACAGCUUCCUGCUCGUUUCCACCUGCCUGGAUAUGCUGCUGCGAAGCUUUAAACAUCACUUUGCACCGAACCACAUUAUUUGGAGAUUUUAAAGGUAAUGCCUACAUAGUUGUCCUAACUUCAUAAGGAGGGAUGAGAUAAAAUUCUCGUCCUUUCACCCCUUGGUUUAAAUUUGUUGAAGAUGAUUAUUAUGUCUUGUGGAUAAACUUUGAAAUAAGUUGAAAUCUUAUAGCAAUUGGGUUUGUUUAAUUAAUUAAUUAAGCAUUUUAGUAUGUUUAAUUAAUUAAUUAAUAAGUUGAAACCUUGUUGCUAAAUGAACCAUAUUAUUAUGCCAGUUGAGGGGUAGUUAUCAUUGGUAUAGAAGCAAUAAAUUGGAGAAAGCCAUUUGGUGCUCUUGGAUCA